GUGAGUCGUCUUUGGUGGGUCGUGAAGAAUUUAUAACCUCAAAUGAAAAUCUGAUUUAAAGUAUCGUGUAUGUUUAAAAUAAAUCAAAUUAAUAAUGACUUUAGUAGAUUUAAUGCGACUGGCAAAAGCCUUUACAAACGCCGGUAAAGCAAACUUACUUCAAGUUAAGACAUACUCCUCUCAUGUCAAAUAUGCAGAACACAAGAAAUUGGAAAAAAUCAGAAAUAUUGGUAUAUCGGCUCACAUAGAUUCUGGCAAAACAACACUCACAGAGCGGAUAUUGUUCUACACAGGACGAAUAGAUCAGAUGCAUGAGGUGAAAGGCAAGGACAAUGUGGGAGCAGUGAUGGACUCUAUGGAACUUGAGAGACAAAGGGGCAUCACAAUCCAAUCGGCUGCUACGUACACAAUAUGGAAAGACCACAAUAUCAACAUUAUCGAUACACCUGGUCACGUUGACUUCACAGUCGAAGUGGAACGCGCAUUGAGAGUUCUAGAUGGCGCUGUUCUGGUACUGUGUGCUGUUGGCGGGGUACAGAGUCAGACUUUGACGGUGAAUCGACAGAUGAAACGAUAUAAUGUGCCAUGUUUGGCAUUUAUCAAUAAGUUGGAUAGGUUAGGGGCUAACCCUGAUAGAGUACUAAAACAAAUGCGUUCUAAGAUGAACCAUAAUGCUGCUUUCCUACAUCUACCUAUCGGCCUGGAGAAGGAGUGCCAAGGAAUUUUGGACCUUGUCGAAGAAAAAGCUAUGUACUUUGAUGGUGAUUAUGGUGAGAAAGUUCGCCUCGAUGAAGUGCCCAAGGAUAGAAGGGCCGAAGUGCAGGAGAAGAGGCACGAGUUGAUUGAACAUUUGUCUAAUGUGGAUGAUGCUUUAGGCGAGUUGUUCCUUGAAGAGAAAACGCCAACCAUAUCCGAUGUCAAGCGAGCCAUCCGCCGCACCACUCUCAAACGGACCUUCACUCCCGUGCUCGUAGGCACAGCUCUCAAAAACAAGGGGGUCCAACCGCUCCUUGAUGCAGUACUGGAUUACCUUCCACAUCCUGGUGAAGUGGAAAAUACAGCUAUUUUGAAUGAGGACAAGGACGCCGAAAAUAUAGUACUGGACCCAUCGAGGGACGGCAAGAAACCUUUUGUGGGCUUGGCAUUCAAAUUGGAGUUGAGCAAAUUCGGACAGCUGACAUAUUUGCGGUGUUACCAGGGCAUAUUGAAACGUGGCGAGAAUAUAUUUAACGCUAGGACUGGUAAAAAGGUCAAAAUCUCACGUCUUGUACGAAUGCACUCGAACAACAUGGAGGAGGUGAACGAAGUGUUAGCGGGCGAUAUCUUCGCGUUGUUCGGCGUAGAUUGCGCGUCCGGUGACACGUUUGUCAAUGAUCACAAGCUGAAUCUGUCAAUGGAAUCGAUACACGUGCCGGACCCCGUAGUCUCGAUGUCCAUAAAGCCGAAGAAUAAUAAGGACAGGGAUAAUUUCUCUAAAGCUGUUGCUAGGUUUACCAAAGAAGACCCAACAUUCCAGUUUCGUUACGACGGCGACAACAAAGAGACCAUAGUCUCCGGUAUGGGUGAGCUGCAUUUAGAAAUCUACGCCCAGAGGAUGGAGAGGGAGUACAAUUGCCCCGUGGAGUUGGGGAAACCCAAAGUCGCUUUCAGAGAAACAAUGAUGUCUCCGUGCGCAUUUGACUACCUUCAUAAGAAGCAAUCCGGUGGGGCCGGUCAGUACGCCAGGGUCUCAGGAAUAAUGGAGCCUUUACCGCCACAUCAGAAUACGAGUUUAGAAUUCGUCGACGAGACAAUAGGUACGAACGUGCCCAAACAGUUUGUCCCCGGCGUUGAAAGAGGGUUCUUGGACACGUGUCAAAAGGGAUACCUGUCAGGGCACAAGAUAUCUGGCGUCAAGUUCCGUUUGCAAGACGGGGCACAUCACAUUGUGGACUCUAGCGAACUGGCAUUCUUUUUGGCGGCUAAAGGGGCUGUUAAAGAUGUUUUCGAAAUGGGCGCAUGGCAAAUCCUCGAACCAAUAAUGUUCGUAGAAGUGACUUUGCCCGAGGAAUUCCACGGCACAGUACUAGGGCAGCUGAAUAAGCGAGGAGGUAUCAUAACAGGCACGGAAGGAGCUGAAGGCUGGACCACUUUGUAUGCUGAAGUGCCGUUGAAUAACAUGUUUGGUUAUGCUGGAGAAUUAAGGUCAAUGACCCAAGGUAAGGGUGAGUUUAGUAUGGAAUACAGUCGGUACUCACCGUGUCUCCCGGACGUACAAGAACAGCUCAUAAGGAAAUACCAAGAAGAUAUGGGACUGUUACCUGAUCAGAAGAAGAAGAAAAAUUAACCGCCUCUAUUUUAGAAUAAUUAUAUUUAUAUUUAUUUAAGUGUAAAUUUAUUGUUUAUUAUUAUACAAUGAAAUUGAUAAUUUGUUUUUUAGUCACGAAAUUCCUGAUUAUAUAAUAAAGAGAUAGAAGUGCCAACCCUCCGAUGGGUCUUGUGACUUUUGGCUCUGUCUAGUCUACCCUGUAAGAG